CACUACAAUGCUAAGGCUAGGGAAACUCACACAGUCAUAGCUACAAAGGUUGUAGGCUAGCUUUACAAAAAAAAAAAAUACUGCAAUUUGCUAUUCAUAUUCUUAGUGAUAACUGGUUGAUACUUUAGUGGGAGCAGAGAGGAACAAAGAAGAAACUGCAACCCAAUUAUUGUUGUUCUUCAUCAUGUCAGAGGGAUAUUAUAACUCCAAGAAGACUGAUGACAUAUGUGGGGAUGUUUGUAGCCAGCAGGGAACUAGUGCAGCUUUGAGCAUGUCAAGAAGACUCCGGUGCAUUUUCCGAGGGUUGGACAUCAAGACCUUCAUAUUUUUGUUCAUGGUUAUCCCAACAGGCAUCAUCUUUGUUUAUUUUCAUGGCCAGAAAAUCUCAUACUUUCUGAGACCACUAUGGGAAUCUCCUCCAAAACCCUUCCAUGAAAUCCCUCACUAUUACCAUGAGAAUGUCUCAAUGGAAACUCUAUGCAGUCUUCACGGUUGGGGAAUUCGCGAAUCACCUAGGCGCGUCUUUGAUGCUGUUUUGUUUAGCAAUGAAGUUGACAUUCUUACUCUUCGUUGGAAAGAACUGCAUCCAUAUGUGACACACUAUGUAAUCCUUGAAUCAAACUCAACAUUCACAGGAUUGUCUAAACCUUUGGUUUUCGCAAGCAAUCGGGACAAUUUUAAGUUUGUCAAGUCUCGCCUGACAUACGGGGUGAUUGGGGGAGGAUCUAGGAAAGGGGAGAAUCCUUUUGUUGAAGAGGCGUAUCAAAGAGUCGUCCUGGACCGGCUUCUGGAGAAAGCCGGAAUAGAAGAUGAUGAUCUCUUGAUAAUGUCUGAUGUUGAUGAGAUUCCUAGUGCACACACAAUUAACCUCUUGAGGUGGUGCAGUGACAUCCCUGAUGUUCUUCAUCUUCAGCUGAAGAACUACUUGUACUCUUUUGAGUUUUUUCUUGACAAUCAAAGUUGGAGAGCUUCAAUUCAUAGAUACCGAACCGGCAAGACGCGCUACGCGCACUACAGGCAGGGUGAUGUGUUGUUGUCAGAUGCUGGCUGGCAUUGUAGCUUCUGUUUCCGCCGUGUAAGUGAAUUCGUAUUCAAGAUGAAGGCUUACAGCCAUUAUGAUCGGGUGCGGUUCGCUCAUUACUUGAACCAUGACAGGAUUCAGGAUGUGAUAUGCAAAGGAAGUGACCUGUUUGACAUGCUUCCUGAAGAGUAUACAUUUAAGGAGAUUAUUGGGAAGAUGGGACCUAUUCCUCAUUCUUACUCAGCAGUGCAUCUUCCAUCAUACUUGUUGAAUAAUGCAGAGAGAUACAAGUACUUGUUGCCUGGUAACUGCAGAAGAGAAAGUAGCUGAGCUUUUGAAUAUGAGAUCUAUUGAUUUUGGGCAUAACACCAAAAAUAGCAACAUUGAAUGAACUAUAGCUGUGGUGUGGUCAUGUACAAACACACAUUAUACCAAGCAAAUGGUGACCCGUUUUUGGAGGGAAGAGCCUGAAUGGAAUCUUGGAGUUUGACAUAGACAUGUGAGAAUCUUGAGUGAGAAGCUUCUUGUGA